GAAGCUCUUUUGCCCAAUUUCCACAGCAGCUUGGCAAGACCCCUGACCCUAUUAGCUGGAAGGUGGGGCUUGCUUGCGUUACUGUCUGGGGCAAGACUUGUCUCUGUCAGAGUUGAGACAGCACUGCUGCAUGUUCUCCACUUCUGGCACCUUGCUAAAGGCGGUUUGACUUGUGAAGCCGGUGAGUACCGUUCUAAUUUAGUUAUUGCAAAAAGACACCUAUAUAGAGGAGAUGCUGAUAUAUGUGACUUCUGGAGACUCUUUCCUGGAGCAAUGUAGAUUAAGGCUGCAAUCUUUUCAGGCUCCCCAGAGGCAUUUGGUGGUCCACUAUGAAAACCGGAUACUGGACCAUAUGUGGCUGUGGUCUGAUCCAGCAGAAUUGUCUUACUUUCUUAUGCUCAGAUGCAUCUUUUUAUUUAGAUAUUCCACUAAAAUAAAAAAAAAGAUGUUUGAGAACUUAGCCUGUCACAAAUUCAGCACUGAGUGGUUAAAAAAAGAAAAGAAAGGUAAAAUGUUGAUUGUACCAAAAUUCAGGAAGGAAGCAAAAAUUGUGAGCAGGAAUGGGUGAGAAUUUUUUAUUCGCUUUGCAUUGCAUUUCACUUACUGAAAUAACAUGCAAAACGAAACACAGCUUUCCUUCAGCGUUCUCACUGCUCUGUAUUUUGCAGUGCAAGUAAUGGGUGCAAAAAUAUAUAUCUAUUAAGAUAGAAUUAAAAUGCAUGUAUUUUGUAAUUGUUGUUAUAUACUGGAAAUCAAUAAAGCUAUAUUUAUUUAUUUUUAAAAAGAAAGAAAUAAACAAACCUGUCCCUCCCCAAGGGCUGCUUUUGAUUCUAUUAACAGGGAAUAACUGCAACUUUAAAUUUCUUAAUGCAUAUGUAAUGUGUACUUGAGAGCAUGAGAAAAAAAUAAACUGUGUUUCCCACAUUGUUCGAGGGAUAAUUGCACGUUUAUUGCAUGUGUAAUUAUAUGUAAAGAUCCCCAAGACAGCUGUUUUCCUCACUGAGUCCUGGCACCCAAAGCCGCUUUUCCUGUGUCAGGGUUGAAGUUCCAGGAUUGUACAAGCUUAGACUCUUCCGAGGGCUUCCGAAGAAACCACACGGGAAGAAUCUCUUGCCUUUGCGCUGCGGAUUAAUUUGUUCUUUGCACUUUAGUUUACAGGCUAAUGCAAGGAUGGCAGCCAAAAGCAAGCAGCUAAUGCAGAACGGAACCCCUAAGGUAAGUGCGUGGGUAGAAAUCAAGAUGGAGAAACUUGUUCCCUAAAGAGAGAGGAUUUAUGACGGCUCAGUGCAUUUUGAAACACAGGCUCCUUCAGAAGCAACCUUGAACUUUCCAAGUCUGCAGAAUGAUUGAAGCAGCUUGCACAAAUGUUACUGCUGGCCUGACAAAGCUCCAGUCACUUGUGGGACAAAUGUUGUUCCUAAACUGCCCUCGGGUGGGUUAAACCACAGAGCCUAGGACUUGCCGAUCAGAAGGUUGGCGGUUCAAAUCCCUGCGACGGUGAGAGCUCCCGUUGCUCGGUCUCUGCUCCUGCCAACCUAGCAGUUCGAAAACACGUCAAAGUGCAAGUAGAUAAAUAGGUACCGCUCUGGCGGGAAGGUAAACAGCAUUUCCGUGCGCUGCUCUGGUUCACCAGAAGCAGCUUAGUCCUGCUGGCCACAUGAGCCAGAAGCUGUAAGCCAGCUCCCUCGGCCAAUAAAGCGAGAUGAGUGCCACAACCCCAGAGUCGGCCACGACUGGAGCUAAUGGGGUCCCUUUACCUUUACCUUUUAAAUUGCCCUCAACCUUCUACAUUCAUUCAUUCAUUGUGUUUACUGUAUUGGCCCAAAUAUAAGCCGCACCCGAAUAUAAGCCACAAAUUAAGGGAGGGGGAGAGAGAAAAUAAUAAUAAUACCCAAAUAGAAGCCACUUUAUUCCUUGCUGCUCCUGGCUGCAUACUUGGGGUGGGGGGAGCCACGCUGUGUUGCCGGCGGCCUUUCCCCUUCCUCGCUCUCUCCCUUCCCUGCCUUGGGGGAAAGGAUGGGAGACUACAUGUGGGGCGGGCGCCGCUUUGCUGAGCUCCUGGCACUGUUUGCCCAGCGCUCCUGGACGCAUACAUCAAGGUCGCAAAUAUAAGCCGCACUUUAACUUUUCACGGUUGGAAUUUGGGGAGGAAUGAGGCUUAUAUUCAGGUCAAUACUGUAUUUACUGCCUUUUCUCCAAUGAACUCAUUGUAUAUGACUGCUUCACAACAACCCUGUGAGGUAGGCCAGGAUGAGUGUUUGAGGAAUUGAACCUGGAAGCCUUCCCAGUCUUAGUCCCUUACCUUCCUUCCCCAACAGGGAAAUGAUAAUGCAUUGCAGAGGGUCUUGCACCUACCGGUGGUCAAUUCAGCAUGCAGCAACCUCCAGAAGGCAUAUUCCGUCACCAAAGAAGUUCAUCCCCUGAUGGCGUCCGUGUGUGGGGCUUAUGAGCGAGGCCUCCAGAAUGCCGGCUCCAUAGCUGCAUCGAGCGUGAAGCCUGUGGUGAAGAAGCUGGAACCUCAACGUAAGUCAAAAGUGGGGGAUCUCUGGCCGGGGGGGGGGGAAUGUGGCUCUCCAGGCAUCUCUAUCUGGCCCCCGGAACUCUCCCUCAGCCACACCCACAGCUUUGCACCCUGACGCUUCUUGCCUGGCUGUAAUUUGGCCUUGAACCUUUCUAACACCUCUUGCUUGUUUGGGUAGAGGAUGGAGAGGAGUGUAUGGUUGGGUGUAGAAACUAGCCCUACUGUACAAAGGGGGAAGGGAUGUGGGUGGCGCUGUGGGUUAAACCACAGAGCCUAGGACUUGCUGAUCAGAAGGUUAGUGGUUCGAAUCCCCACGACGGGGUGAGCUCCCGUUGCUCGGUCCCUGCUCCUGCCAACCUAGCAGUUCGAAAGCACGUCAAAGUGCAAGUAGAUAAAUAGGUACCGCUCUGGCGGGAAGGUAAACGGCGUUUCCGUGCGCUGCUCUGGUUUGCCAGAAGUGGCUUAGUCAUGCUGGCCACAUGACCUGGAAGCUGUACACCGGCUCCCUCAGCCAAUAAAGCGAGAUGAGCGCCGCAACCCCAGAGUCGGCCAUGACUGGACCUAAUGGUCAGGGGUCCCUUUACCUUUUACAAAGGUGAAAUUUACAUUCACAUCAUCACCCAUUUUUGCUUCUGGCCUUUUCCACCACCAGGAUGUGGCCCUUGGAAGGUUACCCUGGAGGGAACUUGGCCCUCAGGCAAAAAAGUGUUCCCCACCCCUGAUGUAAAUACUGUAUUGUUUGAGGGCUGGAAAUGACACAAAGGAAACAAGUGCAUUUGUUUAAUUCCUGGCCUGGAUUGGCCCCAUACAUUCUCAGGCGGAUAAUGGGACCACAAAAUCCUGUGUGGGUUCACCAUGACAAGGCCAGGGAAAGGGAAAUAUGGCGCCAUGACAGAAGCCAACAGGAAUGGCAGUUGAAUCCAGUUUCCACAAUGGUGAGGGAACAGCUUCCUCCACUGUAACUAAGGGCAGCAGGCCCACAAAUUUUGCUGCCUGGGUUAGCGCAACAGUGAUACACAUGUGUGCAGACAAACAUCUGCUCAAAUCAAGGUGCAUAAGUUUCAGCUAAGUUUCUUUUGAGGGAAAAUGUCCUACAAGCACCUCUUCACAUGUCUCACACUAAAACACACACACACAAACAAACAAACAAACACACACACACACACAAAUAAUAAAUGAAAUAAACAUUUCUCUCCUUUCAGGACUCCCAAAACCAGCAGCCCGAGGCAUUCGCCUCUCUGUUCCUAAUGAUAGGGCCGGCUCUGUCGGCUCAGCUAUAAUUGAAAUGCUUUUGGAUGAAAUGUGUCAUGGAAGGUCAGGCAGCAGAACAGAAGGAUUGUGCUUUUCACUUCUCUCUUUUCAUUAUAAAAUUAGAUCUUCCCCUGCCACCUUGCUUUGUACAUGAACCAGGAAAACACAUAAUAAAACAAAGAUGGCUUCUCUGCCACAUGUUUCUUAUAUAGCUCCGAGGAUGUGGAAGGAAGACCCUGGGAGUGAGGAAUUGUGUGCAGGGUCCCCGUCCCACUACAACACACACACCUCCUUUGUGCUUUCAACUUUAACAAGCAAGUAUUAGAUAUAGGAAGGGACGCGGGUGGCACUGUGGGUUAAACCACAGAGCCUAGGACUUGCUGAUCAGAAGGUUGGCGGUUCGAAUCCCCGCGCCAGGGUGAGCUCCCGUUGUUCGGUCCCUGCUCCUGCCCACCUAGCAGUUCAAAAGCACGUAACAGUGCAAGUAGAUAAAUAGGUACCACUCCAGCGGGAAGGUUAACGGCGUUUCCGUGUGCUGCUCUGGUUUGCCAGAAGCAGCUUAGUCCUGCUGGCCACAUGACCUGGAAGCUGUACGCCGGCUCCCUCGGCCAAUAAAGCGAGGUGAGUGCCACAAUCCCAGAGUCAGCCACAACUGGACCUAAUGGUAAGGGGUCCCUUUACCUUUAUGAGAUAUAGCAAUUAUAGCCAGGCACCAGGGUCAAACCACCAUGGUCGGCAGUUCGAAUCCCCGCGGCAGGGUGCGCUCCCACUGCUCGGUCCCAGCGCCUGCCAACCUAGCAGUUCGAAAGCACCCCCGGGUGCAAGUAGAUAAAUAGGGACCGCUUACUAGCGGGAAGGUAAACGGCGUUUCCGUGUGUGGCUCUGGCUCGCCAGAGUAGCUUCAUCACGCUGGCCACGUGACCCGGAAGUGUCUGCGGACAGCGCUGGCUCCCGGCCUCUAGAGUGAGAUGAGCGCACAACCCUAGAGUCUGUCAAGACUGGCCCGUACGGGCAGGGGUACCUUUACCUUUACCUUUACCAGGGUCAAACAAAAGCCUCCUGUUCACAAUAUGCAACAGACGCUCCAAGUGUUCCUAUUUUCCAUGUUUCUGAUUUGAUCCCGGAAUGUCCCACUUUUUCUUAGGAUGUCCCUAUUUUCAUUGGAGAAAUGUUGGAGCGUAUGGAGUUAUUCAACUCCCAAGCCGUCUCAAGGCAAUCCUGUAUAGGGAAGGUGUUUUUAAAUGCUAAAUGUUUUAUUACAUUUUUAUAUAUGCUGGAAGCUGCACAGAGUAGCUGGGGCAACCCAGUAAGAUGUGUGGGGUGUAAACAGUAAAAUUAUCUUUAUGGAAUGGGACGUCCCUGUUUUCAUUGGAGAAAUGUUGGAGGGUAUGAUGCAGAGAUGGAGAAUUUGGAUGCUGGACUUGGAAUUUGACUUGUUUAGAAAUCGUUAAGUGUGUGUUGUGCAUGGACUGAUUGAAUCAACCAAUUUACAGCUUGCUCCUUCACCCUGGCUCUGCCCUAGAACUGUGUUAGUAUCUGUAUCCUCCUUGAUUCAGUUGCAGCAGCCAACAUCCUGACUUGUCGAGGUCUGGACCAUUUGGAACAGAAGAUUCCUGCCCUCAACCAGCCAGUGGAGAAAGUAAGUUAUGAGACUGCUUUGCUGGAUGAGGCCUAAAGUCUAGGUAAAAAUGUAGAAAGCCAGCUCAUUCAAAUGUUGUUAAGAUGCACCUCUUUGCCCAGCCUUUGACUUUUAAGAUAUUUUGUUGUGUGGGACCCACUUCAUCUUUUCCCAAAUAGUUUUUAAUCGUUUUCCAGAUUUCAACCAAUCAAUACCAUAUUACAUCAAAUGUACUACAUUUUUUUCAAAUAAGAUGACUUCCCAUUCUUCUUCCUAGGUGUGUCCCUACUUCUCCCUAUUUACUGCUUUUUUCCAUUUUUAUUUGUUUGUUUGUUUGUUUAUACUUUUCAAGUUUAUACAUUUCACUCGUUUUAUACAUUUCACUAACUUUACAAUCAUUUUGACAUUUCAAAACUUGACUUCCCCCUCUUUCUGCAGUUCCUUAAAUUUGUUUUUAAUACCUUCUGCAUAUCCAAAUUACUGUAUUUUUUGCUCCGUAAGACUCACUUUUUUCCUCUUAAAAACUAAGAGGAAAUGUCUGUGCAUCUUAUGGAGUGAAUGUGGGGGCCCUGGAGCUAAAUUGCCAGAGUGUGGCACGCUCCUGAGCUGCUCUUUGGGGCUGGCGGGGGAAACGCAGGCUUCCCCCUCCAGCCCUGGGAGCAGCAGGCAGGCUGUGCUCAGAUGCCCUGUGCUCCUGAGCAGCUCUGGGGCAGCCUGCGAAGCCAGAACAGCUACAGGGAGCGCUGUGCAGUGCUCCCUCUAGCUGUUCUAGCUUCUGCCUUAGCGGCGCGAAGCCUCCACAGGGCAGCGGGGAGCCUUCAUCCCGCUGCCCUGCGGAGGCUUCGCGUGGCUAUCCCUGGCUUUUGCGGGCGGUGCGUCUUAUGGUCCGGUGCGUCUAACAGAGUGAAAAAUACGGUGACUUGAUUUACUCAUUUGUUCAUCUUCUUAAAUAUAUACUCUUAUAAAACUGCAGGUUAUUACAAUAAUCCUGCCAAUUUUUUAUCGGUUUAUAAUUUAAAUAUUCAAUAAACAAUUUCCAUUCUUUUGUAUAUAAAAAAUUGUUAUCUUGAUUUCUUCUUAUUCUGGUAAGUUUUGCCAUUUUUGCAUAUUCCAUAAGUUUUUGUAUCCAUUCUUCCUUUGCUGGGACUUCUGCUUCUUUCCAUCUGGGGACAAGUAACAUUCUUGCCACUGUAAUUGCAUACAUGAAUAAGUUACUAUACAUUUUCGGUAGUUCUGUCCCUAUAAUUUCCUAUUUACUGCUUUAUAUUCCAAUUCACAUUUCAACCCUUAUAUCUAAUCUUGAACUUCACAUCUUCCAAUUUAAUUCUUUCUCCUUCUCCCUCAGCUGUCUAGUUUUCAAUUCCUGCCUGUAUACUUAGCAAUAUCUGAUACAGCAAAAGCAAAAACAAAUGUGGUCUCCCAGUUCCUUGCCUCUCCCCUUUAAAUCCUUACUUGUUGUUUCUGUACUAAUUCUCUCUUUGUUUUCAUCUUGCAUGUGUGUAGAUCAGGGACACACUUCUUCAGUUGAAUCUAUUCUGUCGUGUUUCAGCCAUUAUAAGAGUUUUGUGUUUUACCUUUAUAACUGUAAUAGUUUUAUUUGAUUUCAUAUCAGUAUACAUUAUGUUGUUGUAACCUGCCCUGAAACGUUAUAGUGACAGACAGGUAAGCACCCUUUAAAAAAAAGUAAAAUAACAAUCUUCUUCUCUGUUAUCUCCUUCUGCUUUAGGUUACAUCUGAUCUAAAGGACUCCAUCGUAACUUACAUGCAAAGUGCUAUGCGCUCAGUUAUGCACACCUUAGACCGAGUCAUGGGACUGGGUGUCAAAAGCUGCAAGCAGCCCAAGGGUAGCUUGAAGGACGCAGCAGAGUAUGCCAGGACCAGUCGAGUGAGCCAGCUGGCUGAAGCUGGAGUAGACGCGGCCAUUGGCAAACUGGAGAAGCUGGUGGACUUCUUCCUACCAAAAACUGAGCAUGAGUCAGGUUAGUUAAUACAGGGACAGACUUUGGUAAUCUUUCGUAAUAUGGCGCCCUGUGCCAGGCCAAAAUUUGAGAUCUUCUCAAUUAGAGAUCUUCUCAGUCUUGCAACUCCGUCGGCUUGACGCCCUGUGAGGGGAAACUGUCUGCAUCACUCUAAAUCUGGCGCUGCUUAAUACCAUUACAGUGGUACCUAUGGUUACGAACUUAAUUCGUUCCGGAGGUCCGUUCUUAACCUGAAACCGUUCUUAAUCUGAGGUACCACUUUAGCUAAUGGGGCCUCCCGCUGCCACCGCAUGAUUUCUGUUCCCAUCCUGAGGUAAAGUUCUCAACCCGAGGUACUACUUCCAGGUUAGCAGAGUCUGUAACCUGAGGUGUUUGUAACCUGAGGUACCACUGUACCUGAUUUUAUGGGUGGGUCAUAGGGUUGCCCUAUUUUGAAGAGCAAAAAAGAGGACGCGUUUGCCAACUUUUACUUUGAACUAUGGAUCACUAGGAUGAUUCUCAUUUUACAUGCCCCUGAAAAAGAGGACGUGUCUUAGAAAAAAGAGGACAUAUGGCAACCCUAGCUGAGGUUAGGUCGCAGAAAUGCCAAAAGAUAACAAAGCAGCCCUGGUGUUGCAAAAACGGAGGUGGUGAAUUUGUGGUGGAUUAUCCACACAUGUUCCCCAAUGUUAAAGGUAAAGGGACCCCUGACCAUUAGGUCCAGUCGUGACCGACUCUGGGGUUGCGGCGCUCAUCUUGCUUUAUUGGCCGAGGGAGCCGGUGUACAGCUUUCUGAUUCAUGUGGCCAGCAUGACUAAGCCGCUUCUGGCAAACCAGAGCAGCGCACGGAAAUGCCGUUUACCUUCCCGCCGGAGUGGUACCUAUUUAUCUACUUGCACUUUGACGUGUGGGAGCUCACCCCAUCGUGGGGAUUCGAACCACCGACCUUCUGAUCGGCAAGUCCUAGGCUCUGUGGUUUAACCCACAAUGCCACCCAUGUCCCCAAUGUUGCCAAUCCCCAAAUAGAAACAAAGAAAACUGCUUUCUACUGUCUAGAAAGUUCACCUAGCUUGCAAUGACUUUUACUAGGGGUUCCUGCAGGGGUCUCUCCCAGCCCUUCCUGUAGAUGUCAGGUAUUGAACCGGAGGCCUUCUGCAUGCAAAGCAGAGGCUCUUAUCACUGGGCUACAGCCCUUUCCUACUAUGUAUUGCAUAUGGGAAUUCAGUAAUUUCCACAAGGUGGCACUGGAGGUGCUUCUGUUUCCAGUACUCGGGGGUUACUUCAUGGAACUAUUUGGAUUCAAACCACAGUUGAUUAUUUCUUUUUAACAGAAACUCAUACUGCAAAUUGCUUAACAUGUCCCAUCUGAAAUUAAUAAUAAAAAAAACUGAGGUAACAUGGCCAUUGAGACAGAGUAUUGUUAGCUGAAAUUACAAGCACCAUUUUUUUCUGCUUAGCAGCAAGUCAUUAAGACUGGGUUAAACCCUUAAACUAAUUAAAAACUGGGAGUUCUAUCCAAUAUUAUCACUUGGAUGAUGGAAGGGUCUUUGAUCGUGGAACCUUCUAUCAGCAGAAUGGGGAAGGCAGGCAAUGUUUCCAUAUUCACUCUCCCCUCUGUACCCCCUCCAUCACCCCGAUUUCCUCCAACCUUCUCCAGAGAGGGGGAGUUUACCCUUCAGGGCAUCAUGGGAGUUGGCAGAGGGCUGUAGAGGGGAGGGUGAGUCAGGAAAAAUAGCUGCCCUCCGUGUUCCACUGAUGGAACCCUCCACAGAAUCAAAGGAACCUUUCUGCCAGUACAAGAACAUCAUUGAUUUCAAGACAAUCCCUUAUAAAUGGAAUACCAAAAAAGACAAUCUUGAUUAACCAGCAGCAUAUGAUCUAAAAUAUUAAUUAUUUUUAACAUCAGUUGUUUUUAAAACUGUGGGUGACGGUAAGGAUGCGGGAUAAAUUUGAUUCCAUUCACAUUUAAUGGUGAACCUGCCUAAUUCACAGUUUCUGAAACAAGGCUCUGGUGCUCUGCCACAACAAAUACACUUUUGACAACAUCUACAACAGACUUUUUGCAGAAAGGAAAGUAACUGGGAAAUGAACGAAAAAAAGAAGUGUGAGAUAAACAAUCGAUUGACAGAAAGAUGUAGAACUUCCAAGCAAACAAAUAAAGAUGGAUGCUCAAUAAAGAAUGGACAUAUUCUAACCUCUAUGGAAGCUUUGUGCAAUAAACAGAUUGUCCAAAGGGAACCAGAGGGAAUGAGACUGUAUGCCCUAUGCCAGUUUUUAUGUGAACUGCCCUAAAAAGCUGGGGGAAUUAAUGAAUGGGCAAGAUUAUGCAGAUGUCAUUCUUUGAUUAGUUCAUUAAAACUAGUCUGAUGGAUUGGUUAACUAUGCAACCUUAUGCAUGUCCAGCUAGAAGUCAAUUCUUUCAAGUUCAAUAGGACUUAUUCCCAAGAAAGCGUGUAUAGGAUUGCAGCCUAAAAUUUCUUUAACCUUAAUUUAAAACUGUCACCUUUGACAGCUACUGUGGAAGUGUAAGGUGUAGCUUAUACAGUGGUGCCCCGCAAGACGAAUGCCUCGCAAGACGGAAAAACCGCUAGACGAAAGGGUUUUCCGUUUUGGAGUUGCUUCGCAGGACGAAUUCCCCUAUGGGCUUGCUUCGCAAGACGAAAAUGUCUUGCGAGUCUUGAUAUUUUUUUUUCGCUUUUCCCCCCCUUUAUCUAAUCUGCUAAGCCUUUAAUAGCCUUUAAUAGCCUUUUAGCAGCUAAUCCCCUAAGCCUUUAAGCCUUUAAUAGCCGCUAAACCGCUAAUAGCGCUAAUAGCGCUAAUCCGUCAAUGGGCUUGCUUCGCAAGACGAAAAAACCGCUAGACGAAGACUCUCGCGGAACGGAUUAAUUUCGUCUUGCGAGGCACCACUGUACUCGCACCAAACUGUCUUGCCAUUCUAUUUAAUUUUUGAGAAAGUAGGCCUGAGUCUGCUACUUGAAAGAAAAUUGAAGCAAAAAGAGGAGAGAUGAUCUUACUUAUAUUUAUAAAGAUGGAACUAAUGGAUUUGUUAGUCAUCAGCUGCCUAUCACCCGGCCUGUUUAUUAGUAGGUAAAGGUAAAGGACCCCUGGAUGGUUAAGUCCAGUCAAAGGCAGCUAUGGGGUGUGGCGCCCAUCUCGCUUUCAGGCCGAGGGAGCUGGCGUUUGUCCACAGACAGCUUUCUGGGUCAUGUGGCCAGCAGGACUAAACCACUUCUGGCACAAUGGGACACCACGACCGAAGCCAGAGCACACGGAAACGCUGUUUACCUUCCUGCUGCAGCAGUACCUAUUUAUCUACUUGCACUGGUGUGCUUUUGAACUGCUGGUUUGGCAGGAGCAGGGACAGAGCAUCGGGAGCUCACCCCGUCUUGGGGUUUCGAACCGCCAACCUUCUGAUCGGCAAGCCCAAGCGGCUCAGUGGUUUAAACCACAGCGCCACCUGGGUUCCUGUUUAUUAGUAGGGAUGCUCUGAUGUCUUAUAGAAAGUGCAGAGGCAUUUAACCUCUUUGUCUAAUAUCGCUGGUCUUGCUCCUUGAUUGCAUGUAUAUUCUCACCUCCCCACAUUUUUCUUUUCUAGUGCACAAGCCUCCGGGGAGGUGUGAGUUGAGCACCUUUGGGAGGAUACGAUCUUUAGCUGUUACUGCUUUCCACCGUGCAUACAAAAAGACCACCCAAAACAUCCAGCACGUAAGAGACAAAGGGCAGGAUUUGGCAACGUGGAUCCCAGGUCUGGUAAGUGUCUCUGCCUGGAAUUCCCUUGGCUAAAGUGAGCGUGGCUGUUGUACCAAGUGCUGGAUUAGCACGUAAAAGUUUAAUUUAGGGCUUAGCAUGUAAUAGUUUAAUUUAGGGCUUAGCUACACAUUCAUUUUCUAUUUUAAGCAUCACUCAUAAUAACUUUCCCCAUGGCUCCCACUGUUCUAGGACCGUUUGAAUUCCCUGCCCAAAAUUAAACGAGCCAUCGUCAGGACACAGUCGUAAAAAUCAUAACGCCUUUGUUUCUUUAGACCAUAUUUCCUUCUCGAUUCUUAAUGCUCUCACUGUGCUCAUGAGGACUGGAAAAAUAAAAAUAAAGUAAACAAACAAGAAGUAAACAGAAAUGCCAUGAAGCCCAUCUGGUGCAUGUCAAGCGUGGAACUUUAAGAAAGAACCAAAACACUCAGAACUUACUAUUAUUAUUAUUAUUAUUAUUAUUAUUUUACUGCUCCUCAUCCUAGUAUCACAGGACGGUUUACAAUAUAAGAAUACAAAAAUAUGCAACAUAAUAACAAACAAACAAAAUAACCCAUCCACACACAGUUAAAAGGGCCAUAGUUUGGUCCUUGGUCUCUUUUGGAGAUGCUUUCUGGCAAGAGUGACAUCAGGAGAUUCCGAGGGCCUGAUAGAGAGGCCUGGGGACCCUGGACCUUAGGUUCUCCACCCUUGCUCUAACCAUUGCACUACACUAUUGGCCUGCAUAGAGAAAUAAUUUGACCUACGUUUCUAAGUCAGCCAAUUCCUAACUCUGUUCCUAAUUUAUUUUUAGGAUUAUAUAAUAGUUUCCUGUGUUUCCUUUUAGUGUGGGGUUCUGAUCUCUAGUAAAGACUUUAUCUCUGGGCACUAGGUUCACAAAUGAAGAUGAAAAGGCUGGUUUAUUUUUAACUGGCUCUGUAUUGAUUCAUGACUUUGAUUAACAUCCUUCCUAAAGCCAUGAACUCUCCCUCGUGGAGUCAUGGGAGCAUGGGUUUUGAACAGGAGGAGGAAGACACACAAAUUAUCCCCCUUGGUACCUCCUUUCCAACAUCCUGUUGAGUUUGUGCCUGGGAACCAUCACAUAGCUACUUCCCCUCCCAAGGUCUUCUUUCCCCCCACUCCCCAUGUAUAUCUCCCAAGGAUUGGGUCCUCCUGGCUCCAGUCCCAAUAUAGAGAGAUGUCUUGGGUGCCCAAGAUUAAGCAGAACAUGUUGUGGUUCCCUUGAGCUGGGAUUUGCAUGUGCAGCUUCUGGAGGAAGCUACCAAAUACUCUGAAGAGUGUUUUCACUCUUGAGAGCUCAUGUGGUGCAGUAGUUUAGGGUGUUGGACUAGGACUGCAGAGAGGGAAACCCGGGUUCAAAUUGCCCCUCUGCCACACUCAGUUGAUGGGCUUAGGCAGUGGUUUUGUUUUCCCCCCCUAAAAAAUGUUUAGGGGUUCUCUCAUUUUGACUCAAGAAAACCACCAUUUUAUAGUUCAAAUCUGGGAAAAUAAAUACAUCAAAUGGACAAAAGUACAAAGAACAUGCGUUACCUCAUAUUACACAGCUGCCAGCUCACAGUAACUUCCACAUUGGCAUGAGGUUGUGUGCACUAACAUCUUCCCGAUUCCUCUGCUUGCUGUUGAUGUCCGUCGCCAGAUGUCGUCCUUUCAAAAACCAUGAAUUUACAUACACUUGAAGGCUCAAAGGAGGGCCUACCAGUUUUAUAAACAUUAAGUUGGCUACAGGGUUUAAAUGCAAUGAAGCUCUUGUUGGAGUCAGUAUUAAAUUCAUCUGAGAGAAGCCAUGUUCACACUCACUUGUUGAAAUUGGAAUGUUCUUGAUUAUGUUUAAAAGAGGCAUAAGAGAUGAUAGAAUCUUCUUUUCUGAAGAGUACUCUCAAAAACCCCUGAGGAUUUAUCUAUCAAGAAGUCCAACUCUGUCGCACCAGUUCAUUGUUUCUGUUUUGCCAAAGGUUAAAGGCAGAUUAUCUGGCCAAGUUUUACAAUCCAACAUGGGGUAGCAAUGGAACGGACAAUUCACCGUGCUAGAGAAGAAACUAAAAUUUUUAACAACUUUAGUUUUUUCUCCCGUUAGAUUCACAACAUGUUUAGGGGUAUGCGUAUCCCUGCGUACCCCCCAGGGGGAAAAACCACUGGACUUAGGUCAUUUGCUAUCUCUUGGCCUAAUCUACUUGAUAAGGUUGAUGAGAAGAUAAAGUAGAGCGGCCACAUGACCUACUUUACAGAGGAGAAUCCUCUGUUUGAAGGUCUGCAUGUUAUUUAGGAGUCUUCUGUUUGAAGGGCUGCCCAAGCCAAGCUGGGUUAAAAGAUAAAGAACUCUAAGAAGGGAGAGCAGGAGGGAUCUUGAAGUUCACAAAAACAUCGGCCACCUGGGCACAAGUUUUCCCCAUUAAGGUGAGGUGUAUUGUAUUCCUACAUAAGAUACAGUACUUAACCACCAACCUUUGUACCUGGUGACCUUUUCCUGUAGCAUGAGCCAUACUGGGAGGUGGGGAAGAACUCCUUUUAGCUGCUCUGUUGGGGUAGCGAAAUGCUUAAAAGUGAAUAAUGUGUAGCAGAUUAUUUUAUUUAUGGAACGUGUUCAUUAUGAGUACAUAAAAGCUUUCAAAUAUAAUAAUAACUCUUCAUAUUCAAUUUAUACAUUCAUGACUCUAACAAUUUAUAGACCGUUAAAACACAGAGAGACACGUGAGCUUGAUGAUGGGGUUCUAGAUGCUUGAAUGAGGCGUGUUUGCCAGCCAGGGAUAGCUCAGUUUGUAGAGCAUGAGGCUCUAAGUCUCAGGGUCAUGGGUUUGAGUCACACGCUGGGCAACUUUCCUUCAUUGCAGAGAGUUGGAUUAGAUGAUCCUUGUGGUCCCUUCCAACUCUACAAUUCUAUGAUUCUCUGAUUUCUACACUUACACCAAUACAUAGAAAUCACUGACCCUGUCAGGGGACUGCCAUCAGAACAGGGGAAGGAGGCAGGGGGGCUGUUGGGAUACAGAGAGUCUCCGAAACUCCUGAGGAGCAGUUCCUCUUCCAGUGGUGGGAAAAGCCACACCUCCAGUGGAGAAGAGAGGGAAGGGGCCAGCCAAACGAGGAAAGGGCUCGAGGAUGCUGCUGAGAGCCCCAGCGCCUCACCUCGCCAUGCUGGCCAGGAGGGACGCACGCCACUUCCGUCACCCAGCUUGCGCAGAGGGGUGAAACGCAAGGAGGGGAGGAGGAGGCUUGGGGUGCCGAAGUUCUUAUGUUGGGGGAGAAGCCGGAAGCGGCCACUCCCGGAUUCUGCAAGUGACUAAGACAGACAUGAAUUUUGUAGAUAUGCACUGUAAAUAGUUUGCACAAUAAAACCCGUAAAAGACAAGUCGGAGUCCUGCCUGGUUAUUCACGAGCAACCACCAUCAGCGUCUGACAGACCCUUUGAAAUUUACACUUUGAUGUGCCCAAAGGGACAAAGAAAUCAUUUCUCACCCAUGUCCAAUUAAUUUUAAUCCGCAUGCCUUCUUUGGUCCUGGAAACGCAUGGACUCUUCACCAUCUUCUUCUGUGCAGGUUGUCUUGGCCCGGCAGAGCUCAAAGAAGGUCCUGAAGAUCAUCACUGGUGUUCAGAGCGCAGAAACCGGCUGGCUAAGCAAGAAGGUUCAGAAGGUGCCAAAGGAAGAAGAGGAAACCAAGAAAGAUGACACUGGGAGAAAGGUACAACUUUUGAAAUCAUUAUUCUUGGACCAUGUGCGUGGUGCGUGUGUAGAACAUAGAUCAAUGACAGAAACUAUCCUUCGCACGCAGAGGGUCCCAGGUUCAAUCCUUGCCAUGUCCAGGUAGGCCUAUAGGAAACUGCAUAGAAAAAUGUGUUUAAGAUAAAUUUGCACUAAAAUGCUGGUGAGUUUUCAUGGGGGUUAUUUUUAAGCACAAAAUGCUGCAGAUAUGUGGUGGAUUGAAUUUAAUGUUGGGGAAAUGAGAAACUUAGAGAACUGAAAUGAACAGAUCCUUCCACCCUUACGUAGAAUAAUUACUCCCCACCAAGACUUUCAUCUUGCUUAAAAGAAAACCUCAGGAACAAAGAAGAGUAGUUUUUAGUGUUAUGCAAAAGGGGAGCAGCUUUCCAAAUCUUUCAAACUCACAGAGAAAACUUAAAAUGUGGAGAUAUUUAAUACAGUGGUACCUCGGGUUACAUACGCUUCAGGUUACAUACGCUUCUGGUUACAGACUCCGCUAACCUGGAAGUUGUACCUCAGGUUAAGAACUUUGCUUCAGGAUGAGAACAGAAAUCGUGCUCCAGUGGUAGGAGGCCCCAUUAGCUAAAGUGGUGCUUCAGGUUAAGAACAGUUUCAGGUUAAGAACGGACCUCCGGAAUGAAUUAAGUACUUAACCCGAGGUACCACUGUAUCCAGCAGAGUUCUGUUCUGCACUGGAGAAGCAGAAUUAGCUUUUUAGGAGAUUAGCUUUGGCAUGUAAAUAAAUGGUGUUAACCUGUUGAAUCCAGCUGUUUUGGGUUUGAGGCAGCCAGGCAUUUUGCUUUUUUCCUCCAUUGGGUGCAACUGGGGGAGUCAAACCAGAGGCCAAAUUUCCACAGGAAAUUCAUCCUCUAUCCAAACAGCCAGGGGAAGGAAAUGGCGGGAGCUCUUUCCCAAGGGGACAUGGCAUUAAAAAGCCAAGCACGGGGUCUUUGAUUAUAUCAAAGACCCUGGAAAUUCUGAUGUUAUUACUAUUAUGACCUCUGUUCUGUGGUGGGGACUUUCAGGAAAACUUUAAAUUUACAAUUUUUCCAUUGUCCUAAAUUGAUGGAGUUCUGAUUUGACAUGUUUACCCAGAGAAAAUUGAAUGUGCUACUGUGUAUUGGGAGCAGAAGGGUUGGGAUGUGGGAGAAAUGUGAUUUUAUUUUUGUUUGCAUUUUAAUGAAAAACUACCUAAUUCACUCUUCUGCAAACCCAGGAUGUGAGCUGACACACAGUUAUGCUUUUAAAUUUGUACUGCUCUGAAUUCUGCAAUUCAGUUUGCCAACAAACCAAUAUGUACAAAAACGCACAUAUUGAGCGGAAACCUGUGUAAAAAUGCAUAGGUUAGUGGAAACAGCAUACAAGAAUGCAUCGUAGCAGGAAAAAAUGCUUGAAAAAAAUUGCAUAUUACUCAAAACAGAAUUAAGAAAUGUGUUGGUUAAGAGAAAUUUGCACAGAAAUGCUGGAACAUUUUCAAAUUACUGCAGAAACAUGGUAAUAUUGGGGAAAUGUGAAACUGAGAGAAAUUAAAAUUGCCAGAAUUCUCCAUCCCUAGUGGUGGGAGAGAUUCUGUGGGAGAGAAGCCAUCACUUCCCCUAAAGUCUGUGAGAUCACACCAGCCAGGGCAAAGAGUUGGUGAGGGGGAUAAUUUUAUUUGUAGCACACUCUGACCUGGUUCAGCCUUAAAAAAAAAAAAGUUUAAAUCCUCAUUGAUACUAACUGGGUCCCGUUGACACUAGUUUUUCAUCCUUCUUGGGGUUAUGUCAGGGGUACAGUAGAGUUUGGGAUCCAUCAGAUCCAAGAUGUUCUCAGAUUCACACAUGGCUCACCCUGCUUCUGGUCCUAUUGCUCCACAAACCAGACCUAAUGAUGCUUAGCACCCUCAACAAACUACAGUUCCCAGGAUUCUAUGGGGAACUGGUGACCCGGAAACUACAACUAAUCGAGAACGCAGCAGCUAGACUGGUGACUGGGAGUGGUCACCGAGACCACAUAACACCAGUCCUGAAAGACCUACAUUGGCUCCCAGUAUGUUUCCGAGCACAAUUCAAAACGUUGGUGCUGACUUUUAAAGCCCUAAAUGGCCUCUGCCCAGUAUACCGGAAGGAGCGUCUCCACCCCCAUCAUACAGCCCAGAUACUGAAGUCCACCUCUGGGAGCCUUCUGGCAGUUCCCUCCCUGCGAGAAGUGAGGUUGCAGGGAACCAGACAGAGGGCCUUCUCGGUAGUGGUGCCCACCCUGUGGAAUGCCCUCCCAUCAGAUGUCAAGGAAAUAAACAACUAUCUGACUUUUAGAAGACAUCUGAAGGCAGCCCUGUUUAGGGAAGUUUUUAAUGUUUGAUGUUUUAUAGUGUUUUUAGUAUUCUGUUGGGAGCUGCCCAGAGUGGCUGGGGAGGCCCAGCCAGAUGUGUGGGGUGUCAAUAUAGUAGUAGUAGUAUUUAAAGUGAUAUGAAACCACUUCAAAUGAAUGGUGCAGAUGUGGUCACGGGUACUCAUAUGGGAAAGUCAUGCUUGCUCAACCAAGAUCCUUGGCUUUAUUUUCUGCUUCUAGACAGCAAAGCAAGUCGAGGCACAGAGCUUGGUGGGCAGUGUGUCUCAGAACCUGCAGACGUCGUGCUUCUCCAUCGCCUCAAGGGUGAAGGAUGCCCCUGCUACUGUCUGGAAUGCAGCUGGGCAGCUUCUGCAGGUUUCUCCACAAAGGGCCAUGUCUGAGGCAGGAGACAAAGUGGACCUGUUGAAAGAGACCUUUCAUAAUAUCACAGGCAACCUGCUGGGAACAUUCUCCUCCUAUGUACCUGUAAGUCACAUCUCCCUCCUGUGGGAUAAGAGGUGGAGUGGUGGGCAUAUUUGGAGUUUGGAUCUGCAUAAUUGGAGUGGGGUGUGUUGCAGCUUGAAUCUUUGUGAACCAUUUGCCUAUGCACAAACUAGCUUGUCAUUUAGAAUGGGGAGGCGAAAUCCGAUUCAUUUCACAUUUCAAAGUGGACCUACCUCUAACUGGCAUUUUUCCAAAGCAAUGUAUGAACCAAAACACAACCAUCAUUUGAAGUUUGCAACCCUCCGAAUGUUGCAGUGCAGCUCUACAGCCAGGUAAUAGGUACAAAAAUGCAGAUAAAUGCAUCUCUAGCAUACAGCAAUGAUGUAUAUUAUACGUACAAAAACAUAUCAGGGGAAAUUGCUUUGCCAAAAUGUAUAUACUAGGCAAAAUUGCAUACAAAAAAUUGUCUUUGGGGAGACAUUUGUGCGAAAAUGCUGAUGAAUUUUCAUGAGGACUUCUGUUUGUUUUUUAAAAAUACAGACUGAUGUUGUAACAUGGAGAACUGAAUUGAAAGAAUGAGAAACUGAAAUUGACAUAGUCACCAUUCUCUAUCCAUCUCUCUCACAAACACACACACACAGACUUGGUGGUUGCCUUAGGUCUUUUCCCUGUGUGCCCAGGCCACAUGGGAGUAGCUUUCCUGUGAUUCUACCCUAUGUGGAUGUAAAUACCACAACCACCUGGAUGUAGCUCAUUGAAUGGGUCUUUCCCACGCUGCUGACACACACACCCUCUUUGGGCCAGGGACAUACUGGGUAGAAAGGCACUGCUCAUGCAGGUGCAAUGGUCAUGCACAUACAGCACAAUGCCAAAAGUUGAAGACUGUAUGAUGUGGCCUAUAUCUGUGUGGGCUGCUGCCUUUGCAGAGAUGUCUAAAGUGGUGGGGAACCUGUAGCCCUACAGAUCUUGUUGGACUCCAGUUCCCAUCAUCCUCAGCCAGCAUGGCCAGUGGUCAAGGAUGAUGGGAGCUGUAGUCCACCAAAAUCUGGAGGGCCACACUUCCUCACUCCUGCUCAGAAGCCACACCUGUUCUUGGCAUCAGUAGUGUGCUCCAGUAUCGUAAGUGUUGGGAAACUGUGUAUGUGCAGCUACUCACACAGAGUCAAGUUAAGGUUUGGCAGACAGCCAGAAGGCAGUCUGAAGGAGUAAGUCUGCCUGAUGAUAACAGAGACAUGGGGACAACUCCCUGAUUGGUCAAGCUCUCUCAAGGGAGUGAUAAUUAAUGGCCUACUAACUGGGAGUUCAGUGUUCAGAGGUUUAGAGUUCUGUGUGUCAGUGCAGGAGUUGUGAGUAGUGUAUGAGAGAGCUAGCAAAAGAUCCGUGUUCUCUUCCUGUAAAUAGUCCACUGUAUAUAAUAAACACCUAACUACAAGUUCCUGCUUCCUGCUUCGUCUAAUCCUGUCUGCAGCCAAGUUGCCAAUUGCUUCCGUGGAUUCUGCGUGUACUCUGCUAGGUCUGGCUAAGGUCCUGCAACUAGUCAGAAAAGUUGUGAAACACCAAUAGGUUUUGCCAAUAGUAAGAAUGUUUGUGCAAAGUUCUGUCGUAAGUGCUUGAACCCAUCCUGCAGAAACCAAUCUCCAAAGGUUGAGUUGGGAGGAAUUUCCUGAAAAAUUAUAGGGUCUGGGUUUACCCAUCCGAAAUUCACACCUCUCUCUCUUUCCAUAUCCACUCUCUCCCAUCCCUGGUUUAGGUUCCAAAGAUCUCAGUGAAACAAGAGGAGACUGCAAGCGUGCCUGUGGCUAAUUCUGAGUCAAGUCAAGACCAGGAAGGUACCCAGCCUGUGAGCACAGAUGCUGAGGAGGAGAAGAGGGGACUGGCGUAUCAGCUCCUAGGAAUUCGGCGGUCUAGCCGAGGUCACCAUCCCCUCUCCUUCCUCAAUCUGGAUGGGCCCCUUCCUCCUCAGCCAGCCGCCUCCCAACAUCGGAGCCCAGCCUUUGAAGCUGAGUAUGCAGGAUCCCGCAAAUCUGCCUUCUCCCCUUACAAGGAUUGGGCUGGCAGCAGGAGAAUGAGCGAAGGGCUGUGCCGCCCCAGUUCGCAGGUUGUGUACACCAGGGCUCAUGCAAGCCUCCAUAGCACCACCUUCAAGAAAGACUAAGCCAGUAAGAGGCCCAAACCCUCUGCUUAAUAACUUGUUCAGUCUCUUGAGUCUACUGCCCUUGCUGGCUUUGCAAGCUGUAUAACAUUAGAAUAUAUCAGGUAGAGCCCGGCCUCCUCAAAAAUAACAUUGUGGGGUGAGGAACUGAUUCAACCCCUAGGAGUGUGUGAUCAGGAUAAGGACCACAGUACGUGAGGCUAGUAAUCCAUUUCCCCACACCAGAGAAAAAAUAUUCUCCUCCAAACCUUCUAUUCCUCAUCCAGUGAUGAAUAGAAAUAGCUUUGACAAUUCUUAUCAGGGCCACAACCCGAGGAGUUAUGUGUUAUCACCCCACACUGUGUCACAGUCCUAAUCUUGUAUUUAAAACAAACAAAACAAACCUCCAGACAUGUUAAAUAAGGAAUGGGGAACCUGUGACCCUCUGGUAGGGAUGGGUGACUCUGUCAAUUUCGUUUCUCUCAGGUUUUUUUUAGUUCCGUAUUAGUUUUCAAUUUUUCUUUUUUUUUAAAAAAAAAAACCUUGUGAAAAUUAACCGACAUUUCAGGGCUAAUUUCUCUGAACAAAUGCAUGAUUUUUGCCUAAUAUGCACAUUUUUUUGUCAAGGAAUUUCCCCAAAUACAAUGCAUUUUUGUAAGCUAAUUUCACUAACAUACUCAUUUCUAGGCACACUUUACCCAAGCGCAUGCAUUUUUUGAACACUCUAAUUGGCUGGAGAACGACACAGCAAAGUUUGAACAUGUGCAAAUCUCGAGGGACGGUUUAGUUUUGGCUCACGUGUUGUUUCGGAAAGUGUGAAUAAGGCAGGUUCACCUUUAAAUGCGAACUGAAUUUAAUUUCUCCCCAUUCCUACCCUCUUGAGUUUUGUUGGACACUAGUACAGUCAGUGGUCGUGAAUGAUGAACAUUGGAGGGCCACAGAUUCCUCAGCCCUGCCAAACGCAUUGACAUGCUUAACAUAACGCCUUGUUUGACCUUAAGAACCAUAGCUAAAGACAACCUUCCUUACUUGGUUGGGCUACUUACAUUCCCAGUUGGGGCUUUAAAUGAAUGGCAAAUCAGUGAUUUCCUCCUAGCCGACAGAAACAUGGAACCAUAGAAUUGUAGAGUUGAAAGGGACCACAAAGGUCAUCUAGUCCAAUCCCUUACAAUGCAGGGAUAUUUUGCCCAAUGUGGGGCUCGAAGCUACAACCCUGAGAUUAAGACCCUCAUUCUCUACCAAACUGAGCUAUCCCUGGCCAGCAAACACGCCUCCUUCGAUCAUCUUAAACCCCACCAUCAAGCUCAGGUGUGUCUGUGUGUUUUUAGUGUCUAUGAAUUGUUAGUGUCAGAAAUGUAUAAUAUGAACAGUGAUUUUAUAUUUGGAAGCUUUUAUCUACUUUCCAUAAAUAAAAUAAUUUGCUAGACAUUAUUCCCUUUUAAGCAUUUCACUACCCCAUCAGAGCGGCUAAAAGGAAAGAGAGAAAGAGAGAGAAAGAGAAAGAGAGAGAGAGAGUGUUUUCUGUUUUACAAUUUAAAGUACUCAUUUUUACAUCCUUAAAAUAUCCGUGACUUCCCUUCUUCUCAUUCCAUGGUUCAUUUUACAAUCCCUGCAUAUUUUACAGAAACUAUACCAUUCAGAGUUCCAUUAUUACAUCCAUCAUAACUUAUUUACACUGUUGAAUUUAUCUUAAUGCUGCCGGCGUUUUCAGCUGUACACAGUUAUUUCCCAUGUAUUCAAUAAACAUUUUCCAACCUUCUCUAAA